UUCAGCGAUUGGUUUAGUUUGGUCGUUCUUCAUUCUAGUCGCAACUGUUGUUAUAACUUUAUUACAGUUUUGAUGUGUGGUUAAAGUGACUGCAUAAUAAAAACAAAAGGAUAUUAUGUCUUUCUUGAAUUGUCUAGAGUAUAUAGUGUAAUAAUGUUGAGUCAAUUGUGCUAGUCGGUUGAAGCAUAGGAAUUUUACAGUGAGUGAUUAGUAAAUAUGUGGAGUCCUACUCAUGUACAGGUGACAGUUCAGCGAGCUCGCAAUCUCCAGAAUAAAGGCAGGAAAGGUACCAACGAUGCCUUCGUUCUCAUUCAGAUGGGGAAGGAGAAGUUCCAAACGACGGUUCAAGAGAAAUCCACCGAUCCGGAAUGGUACGAGGAGUGUGACUUAACUCUCAUCGGUAGAGAUUCCGAUGUCCAUCUUACCGUUUAUCACCGCAACAUUUUAGGUUUGGAGGAGUUCCUCGGCCAGACUUCGAUAUCCUUGCGAGGGAUAGAAAAUUUCGACCGCCCUUUCACGAAGUGGUAUCCUCUGAAGGGAAAAAGCGAGAAGAGCGAAGAAAAAGAACGUGGCGAAAUAGAAGUGCGUAUCGCUUUCAUCGUUCAGCGCUGCAAUGACACUCAAAGCCUGAAUGACCUCAGCUUCAAGAAGAAGAAGCACUCGAUCAAGAAUUUGGCGGUUUCUGUAGGCCACAAAAUCCAGAAGCUGCCAUCACGCAGCAUGUCUCUGCGCAACCUCGACCCUCGUAAAAGACUAGAACGCAUCAAGGAGAAGAGGAUGUCCAGCCCUUCCCGCUUGGGGUCGACCCAAGAAGACGGACUUGAUGAAUCAGAGGGUUCCGAAGAUUUUAACCAAAUAACCAUGAAACGCUAUGGCGCUUUAUAUAGUAGCACAAUGUCUCUUCCACAAUCCGCUAUGAUCACGAGCUCCAUUCAGGAAGCAGAAAGUGUAGAGGAGUUGCCUCAGAUGCAGGAAGAAACCGAAGAUAUGUCUGAUAGUUCCAAUUCAGUCGAAAGUUCAAGUUAUAGUAUCCCUAAGCCACCAGUUCGUAAAAACCAUUUUACAGCCCCUGAAACAAAAUUGCUUAAUCACGGUGAAUGGACCAAUAGAAUAUUAUCACAUUCCAAAGAAUCUCCUAUAGCAAGAUCUGAAACCAAUUUAAUUGAAGCCUUAAGAUCAGAGUCCCCAGCACGGAAAGGCAGAUUUGAAACUCUUCGGCACAAUCUGCGAAGGCACACUCUGCAACUAUCAGAAUCUCCUGAACUGUCCGUCUUGUCUUUAUCUAACCAUCAAAAGAGGAGUGUUUUUAAACCUGAAUCUCCUAAAAAUAAUGGUUCCAUUCCAGAAGGAUUUCCUCCUGAAGUUAUUCAACAAUAUGAGAAGAUGAACCAUAAGGACUUGGUUCUAUUAGCAAUAAAACAGCAAGCUGAUCUAGAAAGACAAAGAGAUAAAAUAAGCGAUUUGGAGAACUAUCUCGACAACCUUCUAGUUCGAGUAAUGGAAACGACACCUCGUAUUCUACAAAACCCCUACAGCAAUCCUGUGUGCCAGAGAUAGACGACUUAAUUUGUUUUGACUCCUCUGAGACCGUCCAGAUAUACUUAUUUUGUUUUAAAAAUGAACUUGUAUUUCUAAUGUUAUAUAUAACAUAUUGAUAUGUACAAUAGAAGUGAUAUAUAACAUAUUGCUAUGUGAUAGAGGUGAAUAGAAUUAUUUAUUGAAAGUAGUUGCUUAAUUUGAAUUUUGGAAUAUAUUUUUUAGUUUAUAGAGCCUUGGAACAAUGGUGAAUCUAUUUUUGUAAUUUAGAAUAUGCAUUCCUGAGGUGUAAGAAUAUACAUUUCAACACCUUUUUUUUUAGGCAAGCCACGAUUGAUGUGUUUUUAAAGUUUUAAUGACACUCAUGAAAAGCCAUGAGGAAUAACAUUGUUCCAGUUUUUAGGAUAACUGCACUUUUUUAAUGUUGGAAAAGUUGUUACAAUUACUGAUUUUAAAUUUAAAAUAAUUCAUAUAUCUUAUGCAGUGAUUUAUUUUCUCAGAUAUAUUAAACAACAAUAUGAAGUGAUAUCAAAAAGCUUUGAGACUAGUUCUGUGACACCAACAGAUGAAAGAACGAAUGUGUACUCGGAGUCUCAGAGCGCAUCAACAUUCAUUAGUUAGUAUAUCGAGACAUAUCAUUCUGUGUGCAUUAACAGUUAUUCAACUAAUGUUUUUGAUGUCAUAUGCAUUACCAUUUUUUUGCCAAAAAAAUGUAAUCUUGCCUACAGUUCAUCAUAAAGACAUUGCACAUGGUGUUGUAUUCAACAGCAAUAUUGCCAUGAAUCGUGCAAAGUAUUGUUAUUGUACUUGCAAUUAAAAAAAACAUGCUGGAAGACAAUGAAAAGUUGAAUUGUAGAAGCUACAUUCUACACUUUGAAAAACGGACUUUCAGCAGAACACAUUCCAAAAGUGGAAGAAUAUUGGUAUGUUUGCACACAUACAUAAAAUUGUUUUUUGAUUACAGAACUAGUCUCAGAUGAUUCUGACACUUCAUAUAUUCAAUUUGCUGCUUGUUUUUAAUUGUUGUUCUAAUUGUUUAAAUUUCAUUUGUAUAUUUUACUGUGUUGUUUCCUGUUCCUCAUUCAUCAAUAUUGUACUAAAUUUAUGCAUAGUAUCAAAAUUUGUGUUUUUAACUUUUAUUUUUCCUAGUCCAUUAUGGCAAUUUAUAUUUGUAUAAAUAUCUUUCAUACAAUCCUGGUGUGACAUAAUUUUCACAGUCUAAUGUACAUAAAUGUUUUGCUCUUUAUUGCAGAAAUUUUGUUGUCAACAUCCAGCUGUUUUAUGUUAAAAUAACAAUGGAUGUUUUUUCUAGUUUAAAAGUAUUACAGUCAUUAAUUCUUAUCUAUUUCAGAGUAUAUUUAUUACAUCUUUUUUAAUAGUAUAUAUAUAUUUAUAAAUCGUUAAUGCUGUUAUAAAUUUUUCUCUUGAACUGAAACAAAACUUAGUGUUUGAUAAGAAGCGUUCUAUAUUUUGUUACAAAUAUUUAUGAAAAUUUUCACUCAAAGUAAAAUAAAUUUUAUUGUUCUGAUCUCAUGGAAUGCUCAUUCAGAUUCUGUUACAUGAAUCUCUUUAUAUAGAUCUAUUGUUAUUGUAAAAUAAUUCCGUCAGUUUAGAAAAAGGGAAUAAUAUUAGUUGUACAAAUGUUAGAGACAUGAUUAGAAUCUGUAAUUGUAACAGAAAUCUGUUGCAAAUCUCAAAAUAUUUUUAAAAAAUAUCAUAUGCAUUUUUUAGUAUUUAUUUUCUAAGUUACUCGAUUUGAUAAAUAGUUUUUUUUAUGUUAUUAAUAGUAAAAACUAUAUAUUGGUAUUUAAUAGCAACUCAUGCAUUAUAGCCAUUGGAAUUCUCUAAACUCAUCUAUA